CCUGAUAAAUCAGGACACCUGGCACCUCUGGGCUGAAGUUUGAAAUAGAAGUCGCGCGGCCGGUGUUUUCCCACAUGAAAAGCUUUUUUCCGUGAAGGACAGAAAAAUUUCUCUUUCUCCGCACCAUGCCGUGCAUCGUCCCGACGUGCGGGGCCGAAGAAUCCUCCAGCCGGAUGCGCAAUCUCCCACUGAACCCCACACUGGCCAAGCGGUGGCUCGAAGCCAUCCAGGUCGGGUGUCAGGUGGGAAGCGUUGUUCGGAGCCGGCCACCGGGCGACUGCUGGGAAAUUUGCGACGCUCACUUCGAUGCUGAAACGAGACAAUUUCGGAACGAACACUACCUGGAACCGUCGCUCUUUGCUGAUAGCGGAGGCCAAAUCACAAGGGUUAGUUCCUGCCGGAUGUGUCUUCAAUUUUAUCGCAGAGCAGACAUGCAAGAGUGCAAUCCAUUCCUAUUACAGCUGGAAGAUAGUUGCCCAGGCGCAGAUGCUUUAAAGCCAAUGUUUAUAGCUCCGGAAUAUGUUUCCUCCUACGUUUGUAUGGAGUGUACGGCCAAAAUCGAGGUCUUGAAGUCUAUCGAACAGUUCUAUAAUAAUUCCAACAAAUCUUUGCAAUCCUUAGAAGGAAUGGUUAAAAAUGUAAAGAAACCAGAGUGGGUUGAAAAAUUGGUUUCUGGAAGCCAUAGCUCGUCUGUCAAACGCCCAGCUUCCUCUGUCGGGCCUGAACCUAAUCAAGGAUUUUCCAAAAGCAGAAGAAAAAGGUUUAGAGAGGAAGAAUCCUCUGAUGGGCAAUGUUUCAUUUGCAGCAUUCGUUUCGAUAAUUCGAUUCAACUUCGGAACCACUUGAACGACAAACAUCUCAGCUACGUCUAUAAAUGCACGUCUUGCAAGAAAAGUUUUGCCCAAACCAAAAUAAUGGACUAUAAUAUUCAUUUGGGCACACAUGUCGAGAGAAAUAAUCUAUGCCAGAAUGAAAAGGUAACUAGUUCCGAGUUUGAAAAGCAACCAGGGUCGAACACUCACGAAAAUUCAGAUCAACAAGAUGGACCGAUUUCUUCGCCCGAUGAACAUCCUGAUGAUCGCGGCAACGAAGAAGAGGAAGAUGGUAACAUGUUUGAUUGUCUUCUGUGUGGAAGAGGCUACGUAAGAGCGUUGCAUCUGGAUUUCCAUAUCAAAAAAUUCCAUCCACGACGAGAAUACCCUCGACUCAGAUGCUCGGAAUGCAAUUUCUCUUGCACUAGCCAACAUGCUAUGAACCAGCAUCGGAACAUUCACACGGACGCCUAUGAGUGCAUUAUUUGCGGCAUCCGGUGCCUCUCGGCGGCCAGUUUGAAGAAGCACAUCAACCGGACCCACAUUGAGGAGCCCGAGUUCGAGUGCAGCGUGUGCGAUAAACCAUUCAGAAAACAGGCAACACUAGACCGUCACUUACAGUUUGCCCACCAAAAGCCGCCGGUUGACGACCAUUAUGCCGGGCAGGAAAAUAUCGCAUCGUCGAACGAUGCUUCUGCUCCGGGACCUGGGGAUGCAAUUUGGGACAAUGUGUAUGACAAUAACUUCCGGGGAAUGAAUCAAGAAUCGGUGAGCCCAGUCCAGUGCUUUCUGUGCAUGAGGAACUUCCCGAAUAUCUCGGCUUUGACCCAUCAUCAGGUACAGGAACACUUCAAGGCCUGGAUGAACUAAGCUCCGAUUGUUCCUAUACGGAGUUAACUUUAUUAUUAUUUUUGAAAAAGGAAAGAUCGAGAAUCUAAUUCCGCUAUAUAACAGUUAUUGGUUGUUGAACCGUUUAAGUCGAUUUUUAUAAACUGACAGAAAUUUCGUUCAUGAAUUGCUGAAGAGACCUACCUAAAUUUCAUAAUAAAUAAUAAUUCGUUAAAAAUAGGUUGAUUCUAAAAGACAGAGUGUUGAUAAAUCAUUGAAAAGAAAUUUCAAUGCGACAAGCGAAUCUGGUUCUAGUAUGUAUUGUGAUUAGAUGCACACAGAGUAUACCGUUCGGGCAUUUUCUCUCCAAAUUGUCUAAACCAAUUAGCCAAAGGGAAACUAACAGAUAAGUACUUUGCGGGGAUUGUGAGCAACUGAUAGAUCAUUUGUUUUUUUUUCUAUUACAUCAACCUACUUUUGAAUAAAUAGUUGUAAAUAUAAACGAACAUUGUAAAGGACCGCUGAUUUUUAAUAAGCAGAUGAUUCGAUAAAAUGUGAACAUGGGUUUUAGAAUCAUAUCCGAGUUGAUGAUUGAAACAUAAAGUGUCUACUGGAUUAAAAAAAUAGAGUAAUAUUUAUUGAACAUCCAUUGCCUGUUUUUUUAAACAAAUCAAACUUCACUCAGUUUUUUCAAAUGGGUUUUUUUUAAUAAUUUCUUUAAUUGAAACGGCUCAUACCUUUAGGCUUUAAGGAGUCAAACUCGUUUUGUAUUUUGACAAUUUGUAUGCUUAGCUUAACACUUGUUUAUAGAAGAAAAAGGAAGAUAGACAGAGAUGAAAAUAAAAAGAAUCAUAAUCGAAGAUCAAUAGCUCUUAGGAAAAGGUGUAUUUCGAACAUAUAGUCCAAGUCCGUCAAAGCUAGCACAUCCCUCACUGGAACGUCGGGUGGUUUUCCUCGGACCCGAAGGGAAUCUAUGAAGUUCGCUCUGGCGAUAAGGUGGUCCUCGCACGACCAUUGCAGAAUUUUUCGAGGAGGACAUCUGGCGGCCGGAUUCGCCAACAAUACAGACAUUUUUGAAAAAGCAUGUAAGCAUGUUUUGGAUAGAAUUUUAGAAUGAGAUUAACUUAUUACAUUGGUUAUAUAUAACGCGAUAGCAAACAACCUAAACCAAUAUCUGAUUUUCUAUUGGGAUUCUUCCUUAGGGUGUCCGUCUUACCCGACUUUCCCCUAACUGUUGUUGUGGAUUUUUUUUUUACAAAUUACUAUAUUGAAUAAUUAUUAUAACUGCAGAACGAAACAUAGAAAAAUAGUGUUUAAUUUAACCAGUUUGAACACACAGUUAAUAAAUUCAUCAUACUGUGAAAAAGUUUUGAGAGUGUAGCGAGGCGAGUCAGAAAAAAGGAAAAGUUUUGCAAACAAACUUGCAUUUAAAAAAAGUUCACAUUAACAAAAUUAUUUACUAAAAAAUCGUAAUAAGUAAAAAACGGUGAACGUUCAGAAUGUCUUGUUCCGUACCAACGUGUCGGAACGAUGCGUCCGUCCGGAAGAUGCAUCAAUUCCCGCUCAACACGAUGCUGCGGAAGCGUUGGCUGGAGGCAGUCCGGAUCGGUUGCCAGAUCGUUGGCAAGGUUUCAAGCGAGGAGGAGUGCGACUUUUUGCGAUCAUCACUCUCGACAUCAAUGCAAAUCUGCGAAGACCACUUCCGGCAGCCGUCAACGAAACAGCAUUACUACUUGGAACCGUCGCAGUUCUGUGAUAGCAAAGGGACGAAAACGUCCGUUGUUACAUGUAAAGUAUGCAUACAAAUCUACCCGGAAAAAGAAACAGUACAUUGCGAGAGCUUCCUACAAGUAAUGCUUAGUGCAUUCCCUGGGAAUGAUACUAUCAGAGCUAUGUUCGAAUCCCCAAUACUGCCAACCUACGUUUGUAUCGAAUGUGUAACAAAAAUAGACAUCAUGAAGUCUUUCUAUGCAUCAUUAAUAAAUUCUAGUGAAUCUUUAAAAAUGUUAGAAGAUUUCAUAAUCAAUGAACCGGGCAAUGAUUCUUAUAACAGGUUAUAUCGGAGUGGAGAUUUCGAGCAGAUUAAUAUAAAGGUGGAGCGGGUAGAUUCGGAAAUCGAGACCUCAGAUCCUUUUGGGAAAAAAGAUGGAAAGACCGAGGAUCGAUGCAACUCGGAUGAAGAUUCCGCUGAACUCACACAGGAAAAUGAUUUGCUGGAAGAUAUGAAUGCUAUCCGCAGCGUAUGCGGUAAAACUUUUCCAGACGAAGCUAAACUGCUUAAUCACAUUAAAACUUGUGUGACAUGCAAACUGUCCCUGAUAAAGUGCAGACAUUGUAACAAGAGCUUCCAGCGUUUUCAGGAUCUGGGAAAGCACUCACAGGAUGUGCACAAUGAUCCACGUCCAUUCCAGUGUCCGGAGUGUGAUGAAACCUUCACGAGGAGUGAUUAUCGAUCAAAGCAUGUGCGGCUCAAGCACACGGAUGCAAUUGAUAGGCGACAGACAUGUUUGAUAUGCGGAGAGAAAUUUGCCAGAUUACCUCAUCUGAACGAACACAUUCAACAAGUCCACGCUGAAGUGGAAUAUCCACUAUUGAGAUGUCCCCAUUGUCCUAAGACCUUCAUCAACAAAUCUGUACUACAGCGGCAUGUUAACGUACACACGGAUAAAUUUGUAUGCCAGAUUUGCGACCGCCCUUUUGGAACGCGUGGACGACUAAAAGCACAUCUUCAAGAUGUGCAUGCAGAAGGGCGUCCUUUUGAGUGCAAAAUUUGUCAAAAAGGUUUCAAAACGGAGUCCAGUCUGCGUAGACAUUCCAUAUUCCAUUCCAGCGAACGAAGGUAUAAAUGUGAGGCGUGCAGUAAAACUUUCAACACAUCGAAUAUAGCCCGAAAACACUUCCAGCGGGUGCAUUCUGAUGAGCGCAACUUUGCCUGUAAACUUUGUGACAAAACCUUCAAAACAGGGGACAACCUACGUCAGCACGCACCGGUCCAUGCGGAAGCUAAUAUCUUUGGAUGCGAGCUGUGUGGCAAGAUGUUCAAGUCGAUGGAUUAUUUGCGCCAACAUCGGACGGGAGUGCAUUUCACCGAGCGGAAAAACAAGUUCGUCUGUCACCUGUGCGUUCGCUCCUUCAAGACGGAGGUGGCCUUGCAGAAACAUUUAGAUACGCAUCGAUAAAUGCGAACUAAACUAUUAUGGGUAUUUAAGAUCCAAUUGAGUUGAAGUAAAAUGCC